UUCUUUCGAUGUGAUUCGGGUGACUGGGAACGUUAUUCAUCCGUGAAGCCUUCAUUGCAGACAUUACCUAUUUUUUCACCUACUAAAUCGAUUACAAAAUCUACAACAAAGAGACCCAUGACCUCCACCGAUAGGUCAACUGAAAAAAGUACCAUGUCGAACAAUGGUAUUUUUGUUUCAAUGCCAACAGAACAAACUACCAUACCACAGACAACAAUAUAUUGGAAUAGCCAAACACUUCCUCCAAUUGAUUUUCAAACACUUCCCACAAUCACAAUACCCCCGACAACUAAACCAUCCACUGUAUGGUUACCUGUCAUAACUACACCACAAUCAAAGGAAACAACUACAGCACAAUACAAAGACGCAACUACUGCAUUGGUUCGUUCGACGACACCAUCACCGUGGGUGUGGAGAACAAUGCCACCUAUAGUACCUGUUACUUGGCAAUAUCCAGUUACCUCCACAACAUUAACUACGCCAUAUGUAAGCACUACGGCAACACAUACUAUUCCGUCAGCCACCGUUGGUGAAACUACAUCAGCUACAACAACGCUAAGCACUCCAUCAACUACGACGACCACACACGUUACUCCAUCAACUUUAACUAGUGUAACAACAUCCGAUACAACGUCAAGUCAACCAGUAACUGCAUCAAUUGUUAGCACGACUACAACACAGACGACUCCAUCAACUUCAACUAGUGAAACAACUUCGGUUACAACUCCGUACCCAUCAUCAACUUCGUUACCUGACAGUACAACUAUAACACAAACUGUUCCGUCAACCACUACCAGCGAAACGACUACAGCUACAACAACUUCAACUACGUCAUAUGUUGACACGACAACACCUAUUACACCAUCAACUACUACAAGUGAAACAACUUCAACUACAACAUCUAUGCGCACACCUUCAACUACCUCAAAUGUUGAUACGACGACAACAUCUACUACACCAUCAACUACCACCACAAGUGAAACAACUUCAACACCUAUAAGCACACAUUCAACUACCUCAUAUGUUGAUACGACGACAACACCAACCACUCCAUCAACUACUAUUAGUGAAACAACUUCAGCGACAACGGCAUCGAGCACACCUUCAACUACAUCAUAUGUUCACACGACGACAACAUCUACUACUCAAUCAACUACUACAAGUGAAUCAACUUCAGCGACAACGGAAUCGACCACACAAUCAACUUCUCGUUCAAGUACAGCAAACAUACACACCACACCAUCUAGUACGACAACAGAAACAACUUCUGCUCCAAUCAAAAGUACAACAUUACUAACAUCAACUGUUGAACCAACAACUUUAUUGACCACAACAUUAAUAAAAACAACUUUGACCUUACCCACAAGAGGAGCACCCCCUGAUCCAGCAUGAUGAAAAUGAGAUUAUUUGUUUCAUUAUUUAUUUAUUAACGACGAAUUCCUAAGGAAUGCAUUUAACAGCUAGACAAUGCAUUUCACCGUAUACAGUGACAAACUAUAUUAUCCAAGUGCUAGUGAGAUAAUGAAAGGCACACAUCCAAAAACUACGGAGUAGUGAAAUUAGAAAUCCAUCAAGACAUUUUUGUACAGAUUAUUACCUUACAAUUUAUUUGUCAACACUUACUGCUAUUCCGGAAAUUGUUCAGCUAUUAUACACCUUUGUUCUCGUGCUCAAAUGUUAUUUAAGAUUAACUGGAUUCCGGUUUCAAUGAAAACUGACUGUCGUUGCUCUUGAAAAAAGGGGUACCAGUUUAUUGAAAAAUAGUGUUGACAUCCCUGUGAAAGGUGACAUUGCUACCAAGACUGUUAUAUAGUGCUGAAAUGUUGAUAUUUAACCUGAGUUGUAAAUAUGUGUUUUAUUUAUUCUGUAUUUUGUGAUUACUAUGUAUCAUAGUUCUUUUUUUA